GUGACACUGACAAAGCAACAGCAACAGCAUCAUUUUGUUUUGGAGAUUGUUGAUGUUGAUUUUAUUUUCAUUCAAUAAAUCUGCAUGUCCGGCAAUAAUGGCUUUAUUAGCCAAUUGAGUGAAAAGAAAUUCUAUUAUUUUGGUAAUCAUAAGACAGUAUGAGUAAUAUUUACAUACAAGAACCGCCUGCUUUGGGCAAGGUUUUACUAAAAACUACAGUUGGCGAUAUAGAUAUAGAGUUAUGGACAAAAGAAACACCAAAAGCAAGCAGGAACUUCAUUCAGCUAUGUAUGGAAGAAUAUUAUAAUGGCACAAUAUUUCAUAGAGUAGUUCCAGAGUUCAUUGUACAGGGAGGUGAUCCUAACGGAGAUGGUACGGGAGGUGAAUCUAUUUAUGGAACUCCAUUCAAAGAUGAGUUUCAUUCGCGUCUUCGCUUCAAUAGGCGAGGUUUGGUCGCGAUGGCCAACGCCGGCAAGGACGACAACGGUUCACAGUUCUUCUUCACGCUAGCGGCCACACCGGAGCUGCAGAAUAAGCACACGAUAUUCGGGAAAGUCACCGGUGAAACUAUAUACAAUGUGUUGAAGCUGGCAGAUGGUCUCAUUGGCCCCGACGAUAGACCUGAACACCCUCAUAAGAUCACUGGUGCCGAAGUGUUAAUAAACCCUUUCACUGACCUCUUACCGAGGGUCAAAGAGACCAAACAGGAGGAGCCCAAGAAGAAGAAGAAGGAACGGCAAGGGGUUAAGAAUUUCGGCCUUCUGUCAUUUGGCGCCGAAGCGGAAGAGGACGAAGGCGAAGCGAUGGAGUACCGGGGCAAACCGAAGUCCACCCACGAUCUGUUGGACGAUCCGAAGCUGAGCAGGAAAACCGCUGCCGAAUUGGAAGAAGAAGUAAACAAUGGCAAAGAAGAGACAGACAAAGAAGCAGAGGAAAAGAGAGAGAAGACUGCGGUUGCAGUAAGCAAUAUAAGAGAUAAGUUGAGUGCAAAGAAACGAGAGAGGAGUCCAGAAGCAGAUAGCAAUAAGAAAAAGAAGACAGAAGAUGUAGAAUCUGAUAGCGAUUCGCCUGUAGAAGAAUAUUAUUUGGGCAAAGAGAGAGAUGAGGCGAGACUGAAAGAGAGAGACCGCAUAAGAAACGAAAUAAAACAAUUGAAGCGAGAAAUGAAAGCUCCAAAAGAAGAGAGUAAGAAAGAGACAGAAGCCUCCCCAGAGAAGAAGAUAGAACAGGACAACGAGAUGUACCAACAGUUCAUAGAGGAGCAAGAGAAAUAUAAGCAAAUGAAAGAGAAAAUACCCAAAAAGGGUGCCGCAAGAAGGAGACGUAGCCGAUUCACGAGGACACCAAAACGCAAGCCAUGGGUGAAGAAUUUAUACGAAAACCGCGAAUAUCCCGACAACUACACAGACUCGAAGUUCCUAGAGGAGCUCAAGAAGAAUCUGUACAUUGAAAAAGUGACUUUAAAGCAAGCCGUAUUCGGUUCAUUUCGCGUUGUCCUCCGUAUAUGUUUGUGCGUUUUAUACGCCGUUCUGUUCUUUUAUAUGCACAACGGAUACAUCAAUACAGACAGCGUUAUAACGUUAUCCGUUGUCAUGACUACGCUCAGUUAUUUCCUCUACGUGAGCUACGAAGGAAGUGACGUCACUAGAGUAGUAAAAACUAUACUCAUGUACUUGGUUUUGGGGUAUUUGUUGUCUCCAAUAUUGCAUACGCUUACAGACACCGUAAGUACGGACACGAUUUACGCGUGGUUUGUCAUUAUGAUGUUGAUACACUUAACAUUCUUCGACUAUGAAGUAAAAGUCGCUUUGGUGUCUAAGUCUUUGUCGAUUAACGCGGCCAUAUUUGCUUCAGUUUGCCUCGUUUCUAGAUUGUCUACGCCCUUUGACGCGUUCGUACUUUUGACUGUGUCAGUACUGUUGUUCGUGCUAAGUCCACAGUUGUUUAAAGUACUUUUGAAUACGAAACUGUUCGUGGUCUUAUACUUUAUAAUUUUGCUGAUGACUUUGGGAUGUUUGUAUACGGUUUCGGUUACUUUAACGUGUUACUUUGUAUUGGUAGUGUUGAUAUUUAGUGUUUACUGUCCAAUCAUGUUUGUUAGGUGGCAAAGUUACAAAGAUAACAUUUACGGCCCUUGGGAUGAAGCAGUGAUUAAUGAUUCUGAUGAUCUUGAUGAAUGUUUGUUGUAUAAUUAAAGCCUUUCCUGCCACAGAAUGAGGUUAAAAGGGUGAUCAAAGACCUUUAGUACGGUAACCUAUGUCGACGGCUCGCCCCCACUACACUUCCACCUAAUCGAUAAUAGCCAAUCAAACGCCGCGAUAUCAACUAAUCUAACCAGUCAGCGCUUACACCCGAGAGCAACGACGCAAUCAAAAACAAGUUUAGAUUAAGUUAUGAGCAUUUGUUCGCACAUAACUGUGGCGCGCCUGCCCAGUCCACAAGGCCCUUCUAACCUCUUUCUGUGUUCUGUAUUUCCCCUUAUAAGCGCAUUUUUUAUCGAUUGUGAAUAUCGGAUGCGUUAUUGCGAUAUGUUUUUAGUAUAUUAUGUAUUACAAUGGCUAAGAACUUACACACUGCUGCGAUAGUAACGACGCAAUAGAAGCAGGGCGCAUUAUCGCAAUAACGCAUCCGAUAAAAUCGACCAAUUAAAAUGCGCCCAUGAGGUUAAGGCCUAAAUUCCUGUUUGUGAUAUUGAAAUAAAGACAGUUGUUAUAUUUCCAUCAUUUGAGCUUUUAAGUGAGAGACUCUUUUAUAUGUAAAGAUGUUAUAGUUACUUGUAAUACCAAGAGAUGGCGCUGUCUGCAGCAUAUGUAUUCAGCAUAUGUUCUGUCUGAUACAUAUGACAAGUUGAUUUUUAUUUAGUGAAAUUUUAGAUUUAUACCAACUAUAUAUAUUUUAUGUAGAUAUAAUUAUUUGUAAUCGCAAGAGACGGAGCUGCUUGCAGCAUAUGGAUUACUUUGGAACAUUGAACAAAGCACCUUGUGUAGUGUAGAGUUUUGUCUGAUGCAUAUGACAAAUUGAUUUUUAUUUAGUGAAAUUUUAGAUUUAUAUCAACUAUAAAUAUUUUGUGUAGAUAUAAUUAUAUAGUUACUUGUAAUACCAAGAGAUGGCGCUGCUUGCAGCAUAUGGAUUACUUGGAAACAUUGAACAAAGCACCUUGUGCAGUGUAGAGUUCUGUCUGAUACAUAUGACAAGUUGAUUUUUAUUUAGUGAAAUUUUAGAUUUAUACCCAGCAUAAAUAUUUUUUGGAGAAGUCAUUGUCAAUUAAGUGGGUAAAGCCCCCACUCAAAGACGUAAAGUUGACUGUCAGUUUCUUUGCGAAAUAAAUUAGACAACUUAUUUGCUUUUGCAUUACAAUAAGCAACAGCUCACAUCGAGCCGCAACGCUGCGCACACAUUUUACUAAAGCAACUCUAAAUUUUAAUAACUUUAUUUUCAACACAUUUGCUCAACAAAUGCAUUAACGCAGGUUGUAUACAUUGUUCGAAAGUUUAAAAUUACGGGCCGGAGCGUGCGGUAAAAUGUUUUACCUGUGUGCUUUUAAUAAUUUUGUGUUCAUUCGCUGGUAUGCUACGGAUCAAGUCAUCUAUGUCUCCCCAGAAAACGGUAUCUAUACAUAUAAUAAAAUGGUAGGAUGUACAAUGAAUGCACAAUGAAUAUUUUUUUAAAAGAAUCUACAAUCACAAAGUGAUCUACAAUCGAUACCGAAGCCAAAAAUAUAGUUUUUAGAAUUUUUGUCUCUUUGUCUAUAUGUGUGUAUGUAACUCAAAA